UUUGGUCCGUCGGUACCAAUCGCAGGUCCAAUAGCUCCUGCUCUUUGUAAAAUACCUCCAACGGAAUCUCUUUCACGUUUCAAAUAUAAAAUAAAAUGUUCUGUUUUAUGAGGUUGGAAGUCGCCAACUCCUUGUUACAAUAGCUUACAAGGAGUUGAGCGACGAGAUUAUAAUUAGUGGGAGCUGCGCUCGACAGUGCACCGCCGGAGAAUUUCGAUCGGUUCCGGUUUUGGUUCUUGUUUGGUUUUAGAGUGAUGGGUUCGUUGGACAGAUCGAAGAGGAGAGUUCAGUUAUGGAAGAAGGCCGUCUUCCAUUUCUUGUUGUGUUUCGUUAUGGGUUUCUUCAUGGGUUUUGCUCCCAUUGGCAAGAAUUCCAGCUCCUGGGGUCGCACUGCGUCGAAUUUGCAGUCACGGGAGAUUAGAGAGUUUUCGCCUCAGCCUGUAGAAACGUUACACCAACUGUCAAAGGUAGCGAAUUUAAAAAGUAGUCUAAUAGCAGAAACUCCGGUGGCGGUUCCGGCUGGUUCUUCCGGUGAUUCAGAGGGAACAUCUCUACUGGAAGAAGACGAAGCAGAGUUGAUCCCCAGAAAGCAAUUGAUCCUAAUAACCCCCACUCGAUCAAACGAUCCUACUCAAGGCGUGUUCCUGAUGAAAAUGGCUAACACAUUGAAGCUGGUUCCUCCACCCCUUCUAUGGAUCGUCGUGGAGGGUCAGUCGGAUUCUUCCGAAUUCUCGGAAAUGUUGAGAAAAACUGGAAUCAUGUACCGGCAUUUGGUGUUCAAGGAGAAUUUCACAGACCCAGAAGCCGAGCUGGAUCAUCAGAUGAAUGUUGCGCUUAAUCACAUCGAGCACCACCGGCUCAACGGGAUCGUUCACUUCGCGGAAGCUUCAAACGUUUACGAUCUUGAUUUCUUCGAAGAGAUCAGAGGACUCGAGGUUUUUGGGACGUGGCCAGUGGCUUUGAUUUCUGCAAAUAGAAACAGGGUGGUGAUCGAAGGACCUGUUUGUGACUUCUCCCAAGUUAUAGGUUGGCAUCUAAGGAGCGAGAACAACCAGAUGGACACGACGCCUUCAAUUCAUAUGUCAAGCUUCGCAUUUAACAGCUCAAUACUCUGGGAUCCUGAGAGAUGGGGCCGCCCAUCUUCCGUUCAAGAUAGCUCACAGAUGCAGAACUCGGUCAAGUUUGUUCAACAAGUGGUUAGUGAGGACGAGAGCAAGCUGAAGGGAAUCCCGCAAGAAGAUUGCUCCAAAAUCAUGCUUUGGCAUCUCUACAUACCAUCUCGCAUGAUACCAUUUCAACGCUCUCCUUCUCCUGUCGUUCAACCAGGAGGUACUCGUAGAUAGCAACUCCAAAGAAAAGAACAAACAGGUGGAAUGCAUAUAAUUUUGAUGUUUGAGUUUUCCCCAAAUCUCGAUUUUCUUUAUAUUUUUUUGAUAAUAUAAUUAUACGUAUAUUAAUUUGUAGAGUUCAGUAUUUUUUAUUCUGUAAACAUUUAUUUUAUUAGUCU